AUGCAGGCAACAAAGGUUCUUAGUAGAAAAUGGGUAUGCUCAAGGCAAGGCCAAAGAGCAAAGCAACACUUGGCCCGUAUUGAUCGAAAAAGAGCUUCCAGGGCAUUGACUAGAGUUGGUUGUGAUGCUCAUUUCCGCAUAAGGUACAAUCUGGAUGUAGGCAAAUACAUUGUCACUCACUUUAACAUGGAACAUAACCAUCCAUUGGCAACAUCACCAUGUGUGCCAUUUCUUCGGUCGCAUAGGUUUGUAAAGAUCCUCGACAAAGCUCAAGUAAAGACUUUGCACGAUGUUGGUGUCAAGACAAGCCAGAUAAUGGAUUUGUUGGUGCAACAAUCUGGGUCUUUCGCGAACGUGGGCUUUAUUCACAAGGAUUUGCACAAUUAUAUUCAAGCCGAGCGCAAAGUAGAAAUGAAGGAUGGUGAUGCGGAGUGUGCUUUGGCUUACUUAUGUGUAAAAGCUGAUGCUGACCCUUACUUCUUUUACAAGUAUGACAAGGAUCAAGAGAAUCGGCUUGACAAAUUGUUUUGGGCAGAUUCAAGGUCUCGCCUAGACUAUGCUGCAUUUGGUGACGUGUUGGUCUUCGAUACAACUUAUACAAUGAAUGCAUAUAACAAACCUUUUGUUAUUUUCGCCGGGGUCAAUAACCAUUUUGAAACCACCAUAUUUGCAUGCAGCUUGCUUGUUGAUGAGACAAUUGCAACAUACACACGGGUUUUGCAGAAGUUGUUAGAGGCCAUGGAUAAUAAAAGACCGGUGUCAAUGUUGACAGAUGGGGAUAUGGCCAUGCGUGAGGCAAUACAAAAAGUCUUCCCGAGUGCCAAGCAUCGUCUAUGUAAUUAG